UAUUUGCUCUAAAAAGGAACGUGUGUAGUGAAAAUGGCAGACACGGAGUUUGAGGAGUUUCGCCAGAUUUUUGAGCACUUCCCGAACCACCUCAAGACUCCAGCUCAAUUCUACUCACUAGUUCCUGGCCUGGACGAUGGCGAGCCAUCGCCGUCGCCCAAGAGCGACUCCAGCGCGUCGGAUUGCGAGGAGGGCGGCGCGGAUCCGCGAGCAGCGACGCCACACAAGAGCAGCGCGGACGGAGGAUUCCUGGGCCAGCAGAUCGCGCUGAGCAGUGGCGCCGAGGACGACGAGAUUGGCGACGGGCUGCGGACUCAGACGCUGCAGGCGCCGGUACUGGCCAGGACUAACUCCCUUCCCUUCAUGUCUGGCAGCACAGAGCGGCGCCGACGAAAGCUUCCGGAAAUACCCAAAAACAAGAAAUCUUCCAUCAUGGUAAUGUGCAGCCAGACGUCGCUGGCAGACGAGCUGGGCAUGAAGACGGCCGGGCAGCGUUCGGUGCUGGCGCUGAAGUGCGGCUAUCUGCUGGACGAGGACUCGAGCCCGGACAGCGAGCGCCUGCACAGCCUCGGCGACGUGGACAGCGGCCACUCCACGGCGCACUCGCCCACCGACUUCAAGAGCAUGUCACCGCCACCCGCUGGCGGCACGCUCUACUCGCGGCUGGAACUGCUGGAGGCCACGCACCGGGCGCUGCACAAGUUCCUGCCUCGCCACCACGACGAGAUCGAGCUGGAGAUCGGCGACGCCGUGUACGUGGAGAAGGAGGCGGACGACCUGUGGUGCGAGGGCGUGAACCUGCGCACCGGCCGCCACGGCAUCUUCCCGUCGGCGUACGCCGUGGACCUGGAGUACAAUGACUUCGAUCCGGGCGCGCAGCAGGCCAAGCGCGAGCGUUACCUGCUCGGCUACCUAGGCUCCGUGGAGACGCUGGCGCACAAGGGCACGGGCGUCGUGUGCCAGGCCGUGCGGAAGAUCCUGGCGCGCUCCGGCGACUCGCCACAGGCGCAGCCGUGCAUCCUCGAGGUCAGCGACCAGGGGCUGCGGAUGCUGGAGCGCGCGCGCCCGCCGGACCGCAAGGGGCCGCACAUGGACUUCUUCUACUCGCUCAAGAACGUCUCUUUCAUCUCCUUCGACCCGAGAGACAAUCGCUAUAUUGGCUUCAUCACCAAGCACCCAACAGUGCAGAGAUUCGCAUGUCACGUCUUCAGGGGCCACGAAUCCACGCGUCCCGUGGCGGAAGCUGUUGGGCGCGCUUUCCAGCGCUUCUACCAGAAGUUCAUCGAGACGGCAUAUCCAAUCGAGGACAUCUACAUUGAGUAGGACUGAUGGCUGGACACCAGAGGACGAGAGAGAGAGAGUGUCCUGAUUAUAAUCAUCACUGUGUAAAUAACAAGUAUAUAGCAAAGGGAUGUAGAGGAAUUAGUUAUAGAUAUUGCGUAGUUUUGAAGGGACAAAAAGGACAAGCAAGAUGCUUGUGAGAAGCGCUUAAAUUUUUAUCACCAUCGCUCUCUAACAAAAAUUAUCCUCUUUGAAGAACAAUACAAUUUUGAGGUUUAAACUUAUAAAAAGCUCUCUCAAGUAAUCUCUAAUAAAGAAAAAUCACAGAAUAAAUAUUUAAUGUUGGGUGCUAAACGUGGGCAAGAAAAAUACGUUACAUAUAGAAGCCUCGGGGGAAAAACACAUUACAAUAAUGGAGGAAAAUAAAAAAAAAAACUCUUUGAAUGGAGAGAAAGAGAGCAAAUAGAUGAUUUUUUCAGAGUAUUUUCAUAUCGCAGGCGAAGUCCCUUCCUUUUCAAGUGACUUUUCUGGACGACAACAGACACACUUAACAAUUGUUGCAAUCUCAAUAUGUAUUAAAUGUGGGAGGUGGAAAAAAAAGGAAUAAAUAAAUGUAAAAAGAAGCGAAAAUGGAAACAUUAAUGGUGUUUUUCUUCAUUAUUGGACAUUUAAAUAUAUUUUCUUUUUCCCUUUUCUACACUUUUCUCUCUCUUCACUGAUAAUUUAUAGUAUUUUUUUCUCUUUUCAUUUUCACAAUAUUUCCUCCAACUACACUUUAACGCAAUUUCCGCUACUUUUUGUUUUCCAACAAUUAAAUUUUCUUGAUUUUUCCACUAAAAUAAGUAAUUAACUGAUCGCAGUCUUUGCAAUUUCGUACAAUUACAUACAUCUCUUUUUUUGCGGAGGAAAAUAUCCAUUUAUUUCUUCUUUUUUUUCAAUCUGCGUGUAUAUGAAUAUUCUUUUUUUUU